AUGGAGAGGGUCCUGUACACCGGGCACGUAGGCGACGCUCGCGCAGUGCUCUGUCGCAAAGGCUUGGCCGUGCGUCUCACUGGCGUGUCGGAUCACAAGGCCACGGACGUGGAGGAGGCCCGGCGAGUGGUGGAGGCAGGUGGCACCAUCUACCAUGAGCGGGUCAAUGGCAUGCUCGCGAUCUCGAGGGCCUUUGGCGACUUUCAGCUCAAGGCUCCGACCUGGCCCAACGACAUCGUGUCCAACGUGCCGGAGGUCUCCGCGACGCUGCUCUGCGAAGGUGACAUCUUUGUGAUCAUGGCCUGUGACGGGCUGUGGGAUGUCAUUGAGGAUCAGGAUGCCGUCAAUCUUGUCAUCGAGGGCAUGCAACAAUUCGGCGGCCUCCUGGGCGAAGACAAUGGUCAACACCCCAUGCUUGGGCAAGUGGUGGCCCGCCUGCUCGUGGAGGAGGCGCUUGCACGAGGUACGUCUGACAACGUGACCUGCGUGGUUGUGUUUCCUUGA